UCUCUCUCUGUCUCUCUCUCUCUCUCGGGGAAGCAUCAGGUCUCUUCAUCUCCCUCCCACCCAAACACUGUAAAACCAUCAGUCCUUCCGUCCGUCGGAGUCCAGUAGCAGCGCCAUGAGCGAAAGCCAGCAUCAUCAACACCGUCCCCACCGCAUCUCUGUCCCUCCUCGUGUACCCUCCUCUAGAAUAUACCCUACCCCUUCUUACUCUUCUUCUUCUUAUUCGAUACCUUUCUCCCCAUCUCCAGCCCCAACCCCUUCCAAACAACGCCGUCGCACCAACUCAUCAUCUUUCUCCUCCAUCUUCCUUCUCCUCUUUUCCCUUCGCUCCCUCUAUUCCCUUCUACCCUUCCUCCGCUCAUCUUCUCCUUCUUUCUCCCUCUUCCCUUUCUCCUUCCUCGUCUCACUACUCUCCUUCGCUCUCUCUCUCCUCCUCUCCUCCUCUAAUGAAUUUCCCUCUCAUCCUCUUCCCUCCUUAUUCUCCUCCUCUCUUCUCCGUCCCCUCUUCACCAAAUCUUCCCUCCUCACCUUCGUCUUCCUCCUCCGUUUCCAAGCCCUCCGUUCCUGCGGCACUUCCGCCACCAUCCUUGCUGACUUCUCUGGCACCCUCGCUGCCAAGUUCUUCUCUGAGUACCGCAGCCGGGCCUGCCUUCCCAUCCUUUCCAUUAUACGUGGCUCCUCCUGUCUUCUUCUUAGCCUCCUCCUUUUAUCGCUCGGAUGGGAUCGAAUUGGCUGCUUUCCAAUGUCUUCUUUUUCCUCAUCCUCCUCCUCCUCCUCUUCUGAAGAUGGUGAUGGUGGCAAUUGCAUUAGGAUUUUGCCCAUGCUGCUCCCUUUUCUCUCUGGCUUCCUGGCUUUCUAUGAGCGGGCAUCUGCCAACUGGGUCGCUUUCAGGCAGUUGGGCCGUAGACGGGUUCGGUUGAUCUCUCUCUUCUUCACGACGAUUAUGCUCUUCUUCCCAGCCAUCAUCAGUUUCUUCUUUGCAGCUGAUGGAGACAGCAUUUCGUUCGGGAAUCUUGGCUGGCCUCUAGUGAACACCGUUGUUUUUGGCGUGAUUCUGAGCGAGAGCUACGGUGAUGAUAAACUCAUGGUCUACGCACGGGAUCUGCACAAGGAUUUCCUGGUGACUUUCUCAUGUACUCUUGUUUUGGAGCUCUUCUACUUUGACGAUCUCUCUCUGUUUGGCUUCUUGCUCUGUGGGUUCUUGCUAUGGCUCUCGGUGAGGGAUUUGGCUUCCGAUUCUUCCAUCUAUCCAGAGCUCGGUUCGGGUUAUUUGGAUACAUUCUCUUUGAUGAUCUUGAGCCCAAUCCGCCACAUUCUUAGUGAGAGGAAGUCCCGUAAGAUUGCUCUCUUCCUCCUCAUCAACACAGCUUACAUGGUUGUGGAAUUUGUCGCCGGGUUCAUGAGCAAUAGCCUUGGGUUGAUUUCUGAUGCCUGCCACAUGUUGUUUGACUGUGCGGCCCUCGCAAUCGGCCUUUAUGCAUCAUACAUCUCGCGUCUGCCUGCAAACAGUCACUUCAGUUAUGGCCGUGGGAGAUUCGAAGUGCUUUCGGGUUAUGUGAAUGCUGUGUUUCUGGUUCUGGUUGGAGCGCUCAUCGUGCUAGAGUCAAUUGAGAGGAUUCUUGAUCCUCAGGAGAUCUCGACAAGUAGUUUGCUGACCGUGUCGAUCGGAGGGCUCGUGGUCAAUGUGGUGGGUUUGAUUUUCUUUCAUGAAGAGCACCAUCAUGCCCAUGGUGGAGCUGGGUCUUGUUCGCAUUCACACUCACAUGUCGACCACCACCACCACCAUUCUCAUGACCAUGGUGUUCAUGAUGCUGAGCAUCAUCGCCAAGGAAUCUUGGUCACCGAUGAAGGAUACUAUGGAAGAUCAGGUGGUGUCCACAAUCUCAAUUAUUAUGAUCGCGAGGGAGCGAAAGGCUCCUCUGAUCACCACGAUCACCACCACCACCAUCAUCAUCAGGAUCUGGAAGAUCACACUCUUGGGCUCCUUAAAAACUCAGCUAUGGAUUGUAGUUUACAUGAUAGUAAUCCCCAUGAUCAUAGUGAUCACCGACAGGGUCAACAUGGCCAUGAUCAUGAAUAUGAUUCCCAUGAUCACCACAUGCAUGGUCACAAACAUGAUCACCACAUCCAUAGUCGCCAAAAUGAUCAUCACCAACGGCCUGACGAUCAGCAGGAUCCCCAAGGUCAUGGUCAUCAAAGUGUUUGCCACAAUAACCAAUGCCAUAGUCACCAUCACCAUGACCGUCCUCAGCAUUUUCUUCAAAGCUCUGGUGGGCUUGAACAUGCCCAUCAAAGCCCCAUAACUGUGUCAACUGGUUCUGAUAAUCACUCUCAUGAGGGUCAUAACAUUCAUGGUGAUUCUUCGGCACAUAAAGGUGGCUGCUGUAAUAAAGAUAAUCCAAACCAUUCUCACAUAUCAAACCAUGCCCCCAAGUCAGAUUCCAAUAAAGACUCGUUGGAAGAAAAAGUCCAUGCGCAACCUCGGAAGCACCAUCACAUUGACCACAACAUGGAAGGUAUCUUCUUGCACGUUCUAGCUGACACCAUGGGCAGUGUGGGGGUUGUAAUCUCAACUCUCCUUAUCAAAUACAAGGGCUGGCUUGUUGCGGAUCCUGCAUGCUCAAUAUUCAUUUCAGUGUUGAUUGUAUCUUCAGUUGUCUCAUUGCUGCGUAAUUCUGCUGAAAUAUUGCUGCAAAGAGUUCCAAGAGCUCAUGAGCAGGAUUUGAGAGUAGCUCUUGAUGAUGUCAUGAGAAUAAAGGGGGUCCACAGCAUCCAGAACAUGCACGUGUGGAGCUUCACAAACAUGGAUGUCGUGGGGACAUUCCAUCUUCAAGUUUCGGCAGAAAUUGACAAAGCCUCCACCAAAGAGAAAGUGUCACAACUGUUACGCGAUGCAGGGAUCAAAGAUUUAACUCUUCAGGUGGAAUAAUAAGUGAUCAAUGAUGUCUUUUUUCUAAUUUAUGACUUGAUGAUUAUGCCGUGUCUUUAAAGCAAUGGCGCUUACUUGGAGAAUACUCUCUGGCGAUCUUGAGCACUGCUGAACAGGAUCUGCAAUCAUGAAAACUGCUGUAUCGGUUUGUCAAUCAUUUGAUCACAGUGUUUUGCGUCUAUAAUUGGUGCUGAAGAAGACCAUCCUGUUGUUACUGAUUAUGCAGGUAUUUGAGAUUCUUUUUUAGUCCAGAUUUUUAUGCUACAGUUGCUGGUUCUAUCUUGGCUUUGUUUUAUCAAGUGUCAGGAUCAGUGUACCACUUAAGAGCUUUGGAGAAACUAGGUGUUACUUAUGACAUGAAGAUGGCCAUUAUUAGACUUUUAUCUGCAUCACCAACUGUUUAGUGCUUAUAUUCCUCGAUUGUAAGAUUAUCUUGCAAGUUUGAAUGAGAAUUGAUGGUUUCUCCACUGGGCCCAUUGGAUGAUCUCUAAAGAAGCAUGUGAAGGAUACAAACGUGCAUGGGCAUAUGCAGGUCAUUCUGAAAUAAUGAUUUGUACUUCUAUUAAGUGGUUACCUGCUUUUGAUAUUGGCUUUUAUACUUUGUUAAUUUAAAAGGAAAAGGAAUACACUUUUCGCUAAAGAUAGUCCAUGAACUUGUCAUUUGCA